GCUCUGACUCUGCAAAUGCAGACAAUCUUGCUCCUGACUGAGCUUUACCAAACGGAUACUAAAGCACCACCUGGCCCAAAACACCACCCGUGCCAGCUUCAACUUGCUGCUAUGUGUAAAGGACUUGCGUCGUUGCAUACCUGCUGCCUAGAAAGAACCAAGGAGAUGAAAGCAAGGCUUGGGAACAUUUUGCAGAAGCCCAACUGGACUUUGUCAUGUUUCAAAAUCGGAAAAAACAAGCCAAGCUUGGAAGAAUGCCUUUGCUGGAAAGAGUCGUUUGAAAAACUCCUGUCUAGCAAAUAUGGACUGUGUGCCUUCACAGCCUUCCUAGUCUCUGAAUUCAGUGAGGAGAACAUUGCAUUUUACUUCGCCUGUGAGGAUUACAGACAGACCAAGUGUCCUACCAAACUUCGUGCAAAAGCCCAAAAGAUCUUUGAUGAAUUUUUUGGAAGUGAUGCUCCGAGAGAGAUAAAUAUUGACCACGAAACCCGUGACAUCACCAAAGCCAACUUGCAGACCCCAACACCUUCUUGUUUUGAUCUGGCUCAGCACAGGAUCUACAUGCUGAUGGCUAAAGACUGCUACCCACGCUUCCUCCGCUCUCCAGCCUACAGAGAUCUUGUGUGCCAAGCUAAGCCUACCACAAAAUCUUCAAAACAUUCCCAACCAGAUAAGAAAGUGUGAGACUUCUCUAUCAGUCUGACGAGGACUUUUAGUCACCUGAAGAUUGCAGAACUUGCUGCACGCUGGUUUCUCUCCAGAGCAGAAAACAGGCAUGUCGACGGGCAUCAGUGGAUAGAUCAAAACCUAAAAGUGCCUCUGAGAAGAGACACAGCCAAGGUGGAGGAACAUUGAAAACUGCUUGUGUGAAGUGGACUGAUGUGCCAGUAGAGAUGAUGGAGGGGCAAAGCCCAAAGGGUCUACAUGACAGACCCAAUGUCUGUUUAAAAAAAGCAAGGAAGGGGUGGAAAGGAAAAGAAGCACCUUUUUAGCCGUACGGCACAGUUUACUUCAAAACUGUUAUGUGCAAUGUCCUAUUCUUGAAGUGCACUGGUUUUAACAGUCAUGUGAAGUCAUUUGUAUUUAUUUCUAUUUAUUUAUCUGUAGUACGAUUUACAUUUUUACCAGAAAAUGUGUUGAUCAAUUGUGUCUUUUCACAAAAAACAAACACUGGGAAAAUAAAGUGUGGAAACUGGAAA